UCUGUGAUUCCUAUACUUGGCAUGGGAGGUAUAGGAAAGACAACUCUUGCUCAGCUUGUAUACAAUGAUGAAAAAGUGCAAAGCUCUUUCGAAGUGAAAGCAUGGAGUUGUGUUUCUGAAGACUUCAAUGUUGACAGAGUCACAAAAACAAUUUUGCAAUCUCUCAUUCCUGCUUCUGAGAACUGUGAUGGCAAGGAUCGAAAUUGGUUGCAAGUCAAACUAAAAGAGAAACUGCAAGGCAAGAAGUUUCUAGUAGUUCUCGAUGAUCUUUGGAAUGAGAAAUACCAUGAUUGGACUAUCCUACGUGCUCCUUUCUUAGCAGGGGCUUCAGGAAGUACAAUUGUCAUCACAACUCGCAAUGAGAGAGUUUCUUCAACGACAGGUACCAUUCCAGCCUAUUAUUUGCAAGGGUUGUCAAAUGAUGCUUGUUUGGCUGUAUUUACUCAAAAUGCGUUGGGGGCAAGCAACUUUAGUGCACAUACAAACCUUCAAGAUAUUGGUGAAAAAAUCGUUAAAAGAUGUAAAGGCUUGCCUUUGGCUGCAAAGACUCUCGGAGGCCUCUUGCGCACUACACAGGUUCGUGAUGAGUGGGAAAAUGUACUUAUGAGCAAGAUAUGGGAUAUACCAGAGGAGAGAAGUGGAAUUCUUCCAGCUCUUAUGUUGAGCUACCAUCAUCUCCCUUCACAUUUAAAAAGGUGCUUUAUGUAUUGUUCAAUACUGCCUAUGGACUAUGAAUUUGAAGAGCAACAAUUGGUUUUGUUGUGGAUGGCAGAAGGUCUAAUUCAAUCACAACAAGGGGACAGGCAACUAGAAGUUUUGGGUAGGAAGUAUUUUCGUGAGUUGUUGUCAAGGUCCUUUUUCCAACAAUCAAGCACGGCGAAAUCACAAUUUGUGAUGCAUGACCUGAUUAACGAGUUGGCCAAAUGGGUUGCAGGAAAUAUUUGCUUCAGAAUGGAGGAUCGAAUUGGGGGUAGCAAUGAAAGGAGACUUUCUAAAAAAGCUCGACAUUCUUCUUACUUGGGUGGUAGAUACGAUAGUACUAGAAAGUUUGAGGCUUUUUCUGAACUAACGUGUCUACGAACCUUCAUGCCUCUUAUGCUACCUGAGGGAUGUAGAAACACCAUCAUUUAA